AUGCAUCGUGAAAGCCUCAGUGAAGAUAUUCUAAGACAAGCACGUGCAAGCGAUCCAAGUCAGGAAUAUUCGGAUGACAUUUUCAAUGAAGCUUUAAUAUUAAUGGAGGACUUAUGCAUGUCAAUCAACAACAAAGCUCUUUGUCAACUCGGUAUGCCAGCGAACUUGAUGCGAGAACAGCAGUUUGAUGCAAAUCAGCUUGAACGAUUUGUGCAAACGCAAAAAGAGUUUUUAGUUGCUGAUCAGAAAAAAGCUUAUGACAAAAUCAUGCAACGUGUAACCAAAGGAGAUGGCGGAAUUAUCUUCCUAGAUGCUCCAGGAGGUGAUUUUCGUCAAACAUUACCCGUUAUACCACGAUCAACGCCUGCAGACGAGCUGAACGCGUGCUUAAAGGCAUCGCAUCUGUGGAACUAUGUCGAAAAAAUUACGCUCACAACAAAUAUGCGAGUGCAUUUGCUGCAAGAUACGUCUGCCCAAAUAUUUUCAAAGCAACUUUUAGAUAUCGGAAACGGUAAAGUUCAUAUUGAUUGCACAACAAAUGAGAUAUCAUUUCCGUCCAACUAUUGUCAAAUGCAGCAGAGCAUUCAAGACGUCAUCGACAGAGUAUUUCCGAACUUAACGAUCAACUACCGAAAUCCGGAAUGGCUCAGCGAACGUGCAAUUUUAGCUCCGAAGAACGAUGAUGUUAGUAAAUUAAACGGUCAAAUUCAAUUGAAAAUUCCAGGAGAAGCAGUCGAAUAUAAAUCGAUUGAUACAGUAAUGGACAAAGAUCAAGCUGUUAAUUACCCAACUGAAUUUCUUAAUUCUUUGGAGCCACCUGGAAUGCCUCCUCAUUCGUUGGCGUUAAAAGUUGGAUCACCAGUGAUGCUUAUUCGGAACUUGAAUGCGCCGAAACUGUGCAACGGAACCAGAGUGAAUACUGACGCGGAAUGUAGUACAAGCGUUAACUUCAGUGGUCCAAUAUCAUAG